GCUCGUCGAGAACUUCCCAUAUCAUCAUGAGCAAGACGACAUCCGUGAUUGACUUAACUGUGGACUCUCCAGCCGCCUCGCCCUCCAGACCUAAGCUACCAUGUAGCACCAAGUUUGCGGGGAAGUCUUUCUACAUCACUGGGACAUGGGUCACCAUGACGGCGGACCAUGCGCGGGAACUAUGCAGGGCGAAUGGAGGGCGGGUCGUCAGCGCGACAUCAGAAAGCGUGGAUUACAUAGUUCUGGGAGCGAAGGGGACGCUGCAACACGUGCCAUUGGCAAAGCCAUCGCAGAAGCUGACUGAGAGGGAGUUCCUGGACAUGAUAUUGGCCGAGGACGCGCAGGCAACGAUGAAGGGUCGAAAGCGACCGGCGCAAGAUGAGAACGAACCUGUUCGCGGUGCCCCUUCGAAGCCCGCGAAGAAGAGCCGCACCUCGGAUGCAGGACCUGAGGCUGUUAUAGGGUAUAAGAGGGUGCAGGACUUCAUCUGCAACGGCUACGUUGAACUCAAGGGAAAGACGCUGAAAGCAUACGAUUGCGGCGGCGAGGUGUAUAAGGCGCAGAGGGGCAAAAGUAUCCAGGAUUUAUUGAGCAAGUUUGAGGCUUGGUUAGAGGAGUGCGAUGGGGAAUAUCAUUACCGAAUGAUGAAGGGAUAUUAACUUGCAUCCAGUUGAAAUCAUCCCAGGAUAUCAUGGACCAGGGACCGGUAUCUUAUAUCCUGCGCUUGGAUUAAGUAGGCUGUGUGGCAUCUGCGAAAUGGUCUUUGCUAUGUAAGAUAAGUUGUAGAGUGGGGAUAGUCUAUAGCGAGAUGUUGUUUAUACGACGCAAAUAACAUAGAUUGUAAAAUGAAUAUGUCUUUGCAUCCGCUCAGGACUGAGCGAACAGAG